AAAAGAAUUUACCUGAGCUAGCUGCGACUGAGCCUGGGAGGCAUCUCAAUAUUUUUUCAGCAUGCCACCAGGAAGAUAGUCAGCGCUAGUGUGCUACUCUGACAAGGUAACUUGCCCCCGCUUGACGCCACCCUCGGCGGAUAUGCGAGCCAAUCUAUCGUUCCCAUGCCGCCAUUCAGUGAGAUCAAGGCCCUAUCACUCCUCUCAAUCUCGGCUCAAAUGCUGCCACUUCCCACAUAACGCGCAAAAUUCAGAAGGAAAAGUAUGGUAACGAGAUGACUCAAAUCUCUCAAAAUUCUCAGAUCCUUGAUCGAUUGAUAACCGAGUGGCGUGUCUUCAUUGACGUUCUUCCUGUUUUUUCCAUAGGCAUUCGAGAGACAUGGACACUCAUCAGCGACCCCAAGAAUAUGUGCAUGGGGGGUUUGGAUGAGGCUAAUGAUACCUUCGACAAACACAAUGUCCCCUUCGAAGAAAAACUUCGAAUUCUUAGUUUCUAUUUGGAGGAAAUAGAAAAGAUAAGGCCAUUAGGCCUUUUGCGCUGGGAUCGCUUCACAUCAUGCAAAACAAACCUAGCUAGUCUGCUCGAUGCAUUUGAAGAACUGGUGCAUGAGGAGGUUCUUGACGAUGAGGCUAGCAGUGACGAUGCGUUCCAGGACGCUGCGACCGACGCAACGCAUGGAUCCAUUAUUUCGGCAAUAUCUGGCCUCUCUGCUUCCGUAGUUUCCUACUUUUCGCCAUACAAGUCCUUCUCUACGACAGUGCGGGGUGUAAAUCCCGAUCCACCAUCUCCGUUAUCGCGAGCCAGCAGCUUCGAGAACGAACAUAGUCCAGUAUACCAGUAUCCUAAGCUUGAAGCAUUGGCUAUCAGAUUCCAACAACACGGAAAAGAAACACAUCUAUCCCUACUAUGCCAGCAGUUUAUCCGCAUCAGUCAUACCCACGAACAGGUUGACGAAAUAAAGAAGCGGACUAUGUGGCUUUACAAAAGCUUCUCCGACGCUAACUCGGCCGCCAACCUGCCCAGUCGGGUUAGCAUUCGUACUGAGGAGACAACUUGCCAUUGGGACUACCGUCAGCCUUGGAAUUCUUCCUCGGACCUCUUCUAUCUACUAGGUGAAAACGCAAACGAAGACGGCCAUCUUGUAAGGCUUCAACUAGACGGACGCGGCCUUAACCGUCGAGAAGCGAACAAUUAUGUGAGCUUUUCCAUGUUCAUAUCUAAGUGUCCGAACCUGCUUCCAUCCGAAGAAUGGAAGGAAGGGGAGUUCAUUACCGUUCCGAGUGCAGUGGAUGAGGACGAGGAAUUUUUUCUCUGUGAUUUUGCCAUCAGCAGCCACUCUCCCGAAGUCAAAAGAAUCUUGUUUACCACGAAACUCCUUCUAACUCCUGAAGAGCCGCGUAUCUCCCGGUCGCCGUUUCCCGAUGCGUAUCCAACUAUAUCGCUUGCCGAACUGCUCGAACGCGGUGUACUUUUCCCCGGGGAGCGUUGCCUGUUUGAAAAAGAGGAUAAGGCUGUGCUGGCCUUCUCCAUCGGGCUUUGUCUGCUUCACCUAUUCUACAGCUUGUGGAUGCGCCAGGAAUGGACCGCCAACUCUAUCCACUUCCUCCACAAGCGGACAAGGACGGGGUCACAGAUCUUCAACAUACAUUUUCCGUACAUCGCCACCUCCCUUUUUCGCAGCAAGCCCAUCAAAGAGCUCAAAAUUACCACAGUCGGGUACCGGUCCCAUCUGCUAUCUUUCGCUCAGCUUCUAGUCGAAAUUGAGACGGGUUCACUCUUUGUGCCGAGGCAAGGUGAAUCAUUCGAGAUCCAGUUAUUAAACAGAGCACAGUACAUCGAGACACAGGGUAAUAAAGGAUGCGCGGAGGCCAUAAGAGGAUGCAUUGAGCUCACUAAACCCCCAUCUAAAUCCGGCACCCUCCCUCAACCUCGAUCAAAAGCUACUUCAAGGUCAAGGCGAGCAGCUAGUUCAGAGAUUUCUUUCAAUAGCUUGAGGAAGAGUAUAUUCCAGAAUGUGGUUCGGCCCCUUGAAAUCAACUACAGAAAGUCGCAGUCUACAAUUAAGAAACACAGAUAUGGGCCUUUCGAUAUCCCUGGGCCAACGACAAGUGCUGUGCAGCUACCAGCUAUUGCAUGUCACAGAGAUGGCUCUAUAUCGGGCAGUAUAUUUUGUUUUGAUGACCUCAUCCCACCAACAGCUAGUGCCUUAGCCGAAGCCCGCGCCAAUAUAUUCUUUGAUAACUUUUCCACCUUCAGGAAACACUUCAUUAUGCCUAAGAUGAUUGACCGCCGAGGGGGGCGGAGGAGGAUGAGAAUUGCAGUGCUAGAUACAGGUAUCGACGAGGAGGACAAGUGGUUAGAUGAAACACUCUCCAAGGUCGCGGAGAUAAGAGAAAAUCAGGGAUUUUGUGGUUCUCCAGAAACAAACCCAAUUAAAGGCUAUUGGCCGCACAAAGACGACGCCAUUGAUGAAGUUGGCCAUGGGACGUGGCUAGCCUAUCUUCUGCUGAAAUACGCGCCAGAUGCUGAUCUCUACAUUGCCAAGGUUUCUAAAGGUAUGAAUUUCAGCGAUACAACUAAAGUCGUCGAUGCUUUCAACUGGGCCCUCAAGGAAGAAGUGGACAUCAUUAGCAUGUCGUUUGGAUCACGCGAGCACAUCGCCGCUCUGGAAACUGCCAUCGUAGACUGCAAAGACAAGGCCAUUAUCUUUGCUUCGGCAUCUAACUACGGGCUCAACGACCCGCGAACCUACCCCGCGAGAGACGACCGCGUCAUAUGUGUCCACGCACUCGAUGGAUUGGGAGGGUUGGACUCCAUCAACCCCGCGACCGAGGCAAAAUCGAAUUAUGGUACACUGGGACUCGGAAUUAAAUUAAACUGGCAGGGCAAGGCGGAAUGCCGCUCAGGGACAUCAUACGCGACUCCAAUUCUUGCGGCUAUCUCUGCGACCCUUCUGGACUGGCUGCACUAUCAUUCCGAGAACACACAGAGCACCCUGAGCCCGGCGCAGUAUACCUACUUGAAAAGAACAGCUCGGAUGAGAGAGGUUUUUGAAAAUCAUAUGUCUGAGAAUCGAGGAGACUUGCUCUAUAUUGCUCCUUGGAUCUUCUUCAAGUCCAACGGGCUCUCCAAAAUGGAGGCCAUUGUGAGUGCGGAGAAAAUGGAUGAAGAGAGGAAAUAUGUCAAGGAAAAGGAAAUAACAAUCAUUGAAGCUAUUAGGGAUAAGUUACCGAUCCUUUCCUAGCUAGAAGUUGUGUGAGUCAUUGGCGUACCUUGUAGAAACGAUUUAUGGAUCCGAUAUACCUUCUAAUGCAUUGUGUUAAUACAAUUGAUAAUUAUAUGUUAUCAAGCCCUAAUAAUUUGAACCCACAAAGCAAACCUUGAUUUAUG